AUGUCUGCCCCCCCGCGCGUCUCGCUCCAGAGCUUCCUCGCCAGUGCCAGAUCCGCACUGCGCGCCCCCGCGAGCCAGCGGCCCUCGCCCUUGACUUUUGUCGUCGGCAACGAAUCCGCCGAUCUCGACUCUGUCUGCUGCGCCAUCGUCUACGCCUAUCUCCGCUCCCACUCCCCUCCCCGCAGCAGCAGCAGCAACAACGCCCUGCAUGUGCCCCUGGCAAACCUGCCCCGGGCCGACCUCGGUCUUCGUCCCGAGUUGACAGCCGCCCUCGGCCACGCCGGCCUGCAACCCGCCGACCUCAUCACCCUCUCCGACCUGCCAGCCGACCACGACGACGACCCGCUGCGGCCCGCCGACACGCGCUGGGUGCUUGUCGACCACAAUGCCCUGACGGGUCCGCUCGCCCGCUUCGCCCCGCACGUGGUGGGCUGUGUCGACCAUCACGCCGACGAGGGCAGUGUGCCUCGGGAUGCGGCCCCGAGGGUCAUCGAGCCCUGCGGCAGCUGCUUGAGCCUGAUCGUCGACGAGACCCGCCAGGCAUGGGACGCCCUGACAAGCCAAGACGACGACGACGCUGCUGCCUGGGGAGAUGACGGCCUGGCCAAGCUCGGCCUGGCGCCCAUCCUCAUCGACACGGCCAACCUCGGCGCCGCGGACAAGGUCAAAGACAAGGACAGGCGCGCCGUCGGCUACCUCGAGGGCAAGCUGCUGGCCCGCCCGCCGUACUCGCGCCAAGCCUUCUUCGACGAGCUCUCGGCCGUCAAGGAGGACAUUUCCAAGCUCUCCUUCCGCGACAUCCUGCGCAAGGACUACAAGCAGUGGCCCGAGUCGGGCCUCGUCCUCGGCGUCAGCUCCAUCGUCCGGGGCCUCGCCUACCUCGUCGACGACAAGGCCGCCGGCAAGCCCCAGGCCCUGCUCGACGCCCUCGCCGCCUGGGCCGACGAGCGCCGCCUCGACAUCGCCGCCCUCAUGACCAUCUCGCACCCGCACGGCCACCUCCAGCGCCACCUGCUCGUCUGGGGCCGCUCCCCGCGCGGCAAGGCGGCAGUCGUCUGCUUCGCCGACGCCCAGCGCCGGCCUCUCGGUCUGCACACCUGGCGCGACGGCGAGCUCGACUGCCACGAGGGCGAGACGCUGAGGCUUGCGUGGUGCCAGGACGAGCUGGCCGCGAGCCGGAAGCGGGUCGCGCCGCUACUCCGCGAAGCUAUGAAAACCGCGUGA